GUCACUUCUGCACAACAACACUAGGGUUUUGAGACUUUCAGAAGAUCCAACAAAAGCCCUAACUUCGGAGACUGGAAACCGUUUGGAGCAAGAUGUCGGUGAACCAGUUUCAGUUCGGGCGCACGAAGAGCGUGGCGAAGCGUUCGAAGAAAUACUUGGAAGAAGCGCUGUACACGAGGCUCUUCAGGGAAGGUAGCGAGGAGGCGAGCGUUCGGCACAAGCUCAACCAGUUCCUCAAGAGCCACAAACGAGUCUACAAAUGGGAAGUCGGCGAUACUCUGAAGAAGCUUCGCGACCGCAAGCUCUACUACCCUGCACUCAAGCUUUCAGAAACUAUGACUAAAAGGGGAAUGAAUAAGAUGGUCAGUGAUCACGCCAUACAUCUAGAUCUAGUUGCCAAAACACGAGGUAUUGCUGCUGCAGAAAACUAUUUCAUUGAUCUUCCUGAAUCAUCAAAAAAUCAUCUCUGUUAUGGUGCCCUCCUCAAUUGUUACUGCAAGGAACUGAUGACUGAAGAAGCAGAAGCUCUCAUGGAAAAGAUGAAGGAACUCAACCUUCCUUUAAGCGCUAUGCCUUAUAACAGCCUUUUGACCCUUUACACAAAAACUGGGCAGCCUGAAAAGAUCCCCGCCAUCAUACAGGAAAUGAAGGCCUCCAAUGUUAUGUUGGAUUCUUAUACAUACAAUGUUUGGAUGAGGGCUCUUGCUGCUGUCAAUGAUAUUGCUGAGACCGAAAGGGUUAUUGAUGAGAUGAAGAGGGAUGGCCGAGUUGCUGGAGAUUGGACAACAUAUAGCAACUUAGCAUCAAUAUAUGUUGAUGCUGGCUUAUUUGAAAAGGCAGAAAAAGCACUCAAGGAAUUGGAGAAGAGAAAUGUCUGCAGAGAGCUCUCAGCUUACCAGUUCCUAAUUACGUUGUAUGGCCGAGCGGGGAACCUGAUUGAAGUUUUUCGGGUAUGGCGUUCUUUGAGGCUGGCUUUUCUGAAAACUGCAAACAUAAGCUAUCUCAAUAUGAUUCAGACACUUAUAAACUUAAAAGAUUUACCAGGAGCAGAGAAGUGUUUCAGGGAGUGGGAAUCUGGGUGCUCAACUUAUGAUAUCCGCAUUGCAAAUGCUUUGAUAGGAGCUUACACAAAAGAAGGUUUGCUAGAGAAGGCUGAGGAGCUUAAGGAGCGGGCUCGCCGGAGAGGGGCUAAACCUAAUGCGAAAACUUGGGAGAUCUUUUUGGAUUACUAUUUGAAAAGUGGGGAAUUCAAAUUGGCAGUUGAUUGUGUUGCGAAUGCAAUAUCUAUUGGUAGGGGGGAUGGUGGGAAGUGGCUCCCUUCAUCUGUGGUUGUCAGAAGAUUAAUGGAGCAUUUUGAACAAGAGAAAGAUGUUGAUGGUGCAGAAGGUUUUCUUGAGAUUUUGAAGAAGGCUGUGGAUAAUGUAGGGGCAGAGGCUCUUGAAUCACUAAUAAGAACAUAUGCAGCUGCUGGAAGGACAAGCCCUGUAAUACGCCGUUGGCUGAAAAUGGAGAAUGUUGAGGUGAAUGAGGUCUGCAUGAAGUUGCUUGAGAAAAUAUCUGUUGAGUGAGUUCUGUUUUAGUUUGAAGGGUUUCGCUCAUUAAAAAAAGUUUUAGUUUGUAUGGUUUCUACCGGCUAUUCUGUUUCCAUAAUAAUUCAUUCCUCUUUCUUUUUAACCAAUGUGAAGUGCACAUGGGGUAACCAUUCAAGAGUGCCUCUUCUAUUUGAAAUUUUGAAAUACGUGACUAUGGAUUUUCCUUUAACAUACUGUAGACUCCACUUUGACUAGUGGCUAUAGACCUUUUUGUCUAUGGAAGCUAUGUUAAAGAAUUUGUUGUUA